UAUUCGUUUGAAACUGAGCAGUGUUGCAACCAUGGAAAGAUUUUUAAAAUGAAAAUGAAUGCUGAAUCGCGUAGCAGCGAGCUAUUAUAGAAAAUAACACAAAGCGCGCCACCCGGGCUUUUAUAAAUAUAAAUGUUGAAAAAAUUCACUUUCCGCUCACGGAUUUGUGAUAUUCGCGUCAGAAUAAGACGAUUUAAAAAAAAAUUUCAUUUUUGAAGCCUCUUUGGUUGGGGGACCUAAACUAUACAUUUACCACUUUAAGUGCAAUAUAAGAGAUACUUGGUUUUGGAAAGUGUAUAACUACCGUAAUGAAAUCAUAUCAAAAAUUGGGUAUCGGAUUUAAAAUGUAAUCGACAAACCAAAUGAACAUUUUAAAUUAUAAUUCAAUUUAUUAUUAUAAUGUCCUGUUAUCAAGGAAAAUCUAUCAACAUUAAUAAAAAGACAAUUUCUCGAAAAUAUGAAGAUAAUCCUAAUAUUAAAAUAAAAUGUGCAAAACGUGGCACGAAUCCAAUCAACCAUAUAGAGGUAGUAAAAGAUAUUUGUUCUAAUGAAAGAAAAUAUAAAACACCUCAAAUGAAUACCAUUUUGCGCGAAGUAGAUCAAAUUGAAAAUGUUCGGUCCUUACGCCCACCUUUAUUUAAAAAGGACAUUGAUUUGACACCACGAUCAAAGGCGGCAAUUGCUCCCAAGGUCACUCAAAGGCUGAACUUUAACACAGAUCAAGUGGUGUUUAAAAAUCUUACACCAAUUAAUGUUAAUGACACAAUAUUGAUCCAGAAGCAGUGCUGCGCAAAUCCUAAUAAAUACAAAAAUACUAACAAAACACCUUCACCAGAUCUCUGUCACUGGCUCGACCCUAUACCAGCAAUAAAACAUGCCAUACCCGAACCAGAAAUUGCUUUAGAGUUUUGUGAAAUUGAAAUUGAUCCAUUUGAAAGUUAUCUUCGGUUGCUAAAUUGAUAUUUUUUUAUUUAUAAUUAUUAAAAUAUUUAUUAAUAAUAAUGUACCAUAUCUCAUUAUAUAUUCAUCCAAUAAAAUUCAUAACUACUAAGUGUAGUAUAACGUGGGCAAAAAUAAAAUCAGCAAAACCUCGUUCUGGAGAAAUACCUACAAAUAUCGCUUUAUUUUGUGGAUUUGCCUGAAGUCGCAAACAAACUCCCAGCACGAAGCAGCUUACAGUACUUAUAAAGCCCGACAGGAACGAGUUGAAAGGAAAUGUGCCGACUAAACAACAAUACGCAAACUGAAUAACGCCGGUUAGGAGUACGUAGGCCAAAUAGGUGUCCACCAACUUUAGUUUCCGAGGAGUAUUUUCAACAUAGUCGUUAUAGUAUUUUGCAACUAUGCCUUUAAUUCCAGUCAUUGUGUAUUUUUAUGUCGUUUAAUAAUAAAGAUUAUAUGCAGCAA